AUGUUAAUACUACUUGAACCCUUUGUACAGUUAGAUGCCGUUUACUUUACUCGCAAAUUUGCCUUCCAUUCUGUGUUUUCUAACUCUAACAAUAAGAUCUGGUGUUUUGCUAAGCUUGGUGUUGACAUCCAGAUUAUUCAGGAUCACACACAAUUUUUGCAUGUUAAGGUCAACUCAGGAGCUCUUCCAGAGGACAUCUUUUGUACUUUCAUCUAUGCCAAGUGUUACAGAACCCCGAGGAGAAUUCUUUGGGAUGAAUUGACACGAAUUUCUCAUCAAACCGUACCAUGGCUCAUAGGAGGAGACUUUAAUGCUAUCUUACUUCCGAAUGAAAACCAAGGCGGAGAUAUGAGAAGAAUUGGUUCCAUGGACGACUUUAAUGAUAUGAUGUUCGACACCGGCUUAAUUGACGCUGGCUUUGAAGGGGAACCAUUUACCUGGACAAACAAUAGAGUUUGGAGGCGACUGGAUAGGGUUCUCUAUUCCAAGGAAUGGACUGAAAGUUUCAAUACCACUAGAGUUUUACAUCUUCCUAGAAGGCUAUCAGAUCAUCACCCACUCCUCAUCAAUGCCGCUAACGUAGAGGACAAAAAACCUUCUUCAUUCAGAUUUCAAAAUAUGUGGUUGAAACACCAUACCUUCUUAGACACAAUCAAGCAAUCAUGGUGCCUACCAACAGAAGGAUACGGGAUGUACAAGCUACAACAGAAAAUCUACAGAAUUAAGGUGCUACUCAAACUAUGGAACAAGGAUACUUUUGGAAACGUCUUCACAACAGUCGAACAGGCAAAGCAAAAUGCCACUGAAGCAGAAAAAAGAUUCGAUAUGGACCCCUCCGAGGCCAACCUCAUCGACCUCAAGAGAAGUAAUGCUGCUCUUGUUCAUGCACUCAUAUUAGAAUCUGAAUAUUGGAAGCAAAAGAGUAACUGCAAGUGGCUCGAGGCAGGAGAAAGGAACACAAAAUACUUCCAUUCAUUAGUGAAGAAAAAAAGGGUAAAGUCCACAAUCCACAGAAUCAUGGAAGAGAACCAAGAAGUUACUAUUCCGGACCGAAUCAGAGAAUCUGCCACUGCAUAUUUUAAAAACCUACUCUCUUGUAAUCCGGCCAGAAACAAUGCCCCAGAAUUCCCAUUUCAAUUUCCCCAAGUAUCAGAAGAAUGCACUCGCAUUAUCGGUAGGCUACCAACAGACGAAGAGAUUAGAGAUAUUGUAUUCAGCAUAGAUAAGGACAGCAUAGAAGGCCCAGACGGCUUUUCAUCGGCUUCUAUCAAGCCUGCUGGGAUUUCAUUGCUAUAG